AUGGAGUUGGAAUUAACCUGCCCUGUUUGUUUAGAUCUGUUCCAAAGACCUGUCGUUCUGCCAUGUUCACAUAAUCUUUGUACACCAUGUGCCAGGAAAAUCUUGGAGCCUCACGGAACUCCCAAAGCCUGGGCCAAGUGGGUGAAAGAAAACCGAACCCCGGAGUACAAAUCUCAUUUAGACCCCAAUGUUAAAUGCCCAACAUGUCGACAGAGAAUUCCUGUUGAUCCGAUAGGGGUCGAUGGACUGGCGAGGAAUCUUAUUUUGGAAAAUGUCAUUGAACGAUUUAAGGAAGAAAGGAAAGCGCCAGGUAACAUUGUUGAUGAAAUGUAGCUGUGAUUUAUUCUACACUACAUUGAAUAUAUAUAUAUAUUUUUAGUGUUCCAUUUACAUAAGAUUCUACACCAUACUUUUAGCACGAAAGGUCGGUUGUGUUAUUUUAGACUCCGAGUUUGUUCAAAUGAAGUUAAAUAGCGAAAUUUUGAGUGAUGAAAUAUUUUCCCGCGAACAUAUUUUCGUAUCUUCAGGAAACAAAAAAACAAGACUUUUCAAAGCAAAGUGCCAGCUUGACUGUAACAACGUUCAGUGCACAGCCUGAAUGUUUGGAGUAUUUGUACAAUCAAAAAUGUUGAGAUGGAAUGUUUUCAUGCUAAACGGUCCUGAAUAGAAAUUCAGUCGCUUUUGGAAAGUGUAAAACAGAACUAUUAUUUUGUUUUUAAUAAUUGAUUUACAUUGGUUUUAUUCUGUUACAAGAGUGAUACACUAGUUAGUGUCAUUAAUUAUAUAACAUGAUAUGGUUCUUCCCGAAACUAAAAGUGAAACAUAGUUCAAAGGUAGGGAAAAGCGCCCAGGGGAAGAGGUUGCCAUCAGCGAUCUGGCGAUAAUUGUAAAACAUGCACAUAUUGGACUUAAGUUUGCAGUGAAAAAAUAGCCACUUCUCUAUGUCGCUUGCCGGUUCGAUUCUAAAUUGAAUGGCCAGUCUUAGGCCCUGUCCACGCUCGUUUGAAAACGCAUACAUUUCGAUGCGUUCAGGGCUACCUUCCAUACUAAUGCGCAGAGCGUUCACAUCGAUUUGAAAGUCCUAUUGAAAGUGAAUCAAAACGAAAACGCAUAAACGUAGUGUCAGUGUGUUCGGUCGGUAACGCAAAAAACGAAAACAAUAACCGAAAAAUAUCACAGGCGGGUGUGUUUGUAGCAUGCGCAUAGAGUUCAUCAUAACGUCACAACGUGCAAUGCUAUCGUUUUCGAACGUUUUAGUGUGGACAGUCGAAAGCGCAUCAAAACGGUAGUGUGGACGUGAAUCGAUCGUCCAAAACGCAUGCCUUAGUAUCCAAUCUGUACCUUUCAACUUUUGAUCAAGCAAGUUAUACAAUAAAACAAAGAACGGAAAAAAUCCCGGUAAGCUGCGUUGCAAUCUAGAAAGUUAGUGAUCCUAUUAAGGGAAAUCAGAAGUUUAGUAAAUGUUUAAUAAACAUUUUCUGAGCUGUACAAUAAAAGUUAAAAGAUUGAGUAGUCCCCUUUUUCCUGUGUGUUAAACACUGAGCAAACCGUUCGUUAGAUCCUGUCCACGCUAGGAAGAACAAGAACUCAGGAAAAUUGAAUGGCUUGACGAGAAACAAGGCGCGGCGUAACGCGAAGAAAGACACUUAACAGUAAUUCUGGGCUUGUUGUUACAUUGCGCUUAGUACAUUAAGGUACGUUAAGUUACAUUGCAUGACAUUCCAUUGUGCUAUGUUGCAUAACUCCCUUACAGGUGAAACACCCGAGGAGCCUCUCCUGUGUCAAUUUUGUGAAGACUAUUCUCCCCAAAGGGCUACUUUGUCGUGUAAUGAAUGUACGUUCAUGUACUGUGGGACCUGUUUUGACGCGUGUCAUCCCAGCAAGGGCCCUCUGGCUGAUCACUCCAUAGGCCCACCGGUAGCAAGGCCCGUAAAACGAAAAGAGACAAGCCUACAAUGCCAGCAGCACACUGAUGAAAAGUUAGCUUUGUACUGCGUUGACUGCAAGAUGCCUGUGUGCUAUCUAUGUAAAGAAUAUGCAAAACACAAGGGUCACAAGGUGGAACUGCUGGAGCCUGUUUUUAGAAACUCAAAGGUAAAAAGCUCCUAUAUCAUAACAGAGAGUUUUCUGGCUCCUGGCCUGCGUUGCAAAUGUGAUCAACCCCGGCUAGUAAGCCAAAGACUAUUAGACACCUGACGGACUGACGCAAAGGGAGACAAUCGUAUGACAGCUGACUCUCCCUCGCCCCCUUUAACAGGGCAACAAAAAGGUGGGGAAAUGAACGUCCGAAUAUCGAAACCCUUCCGGCCCUUGUCAAUCUCCUCGUCAAAUGCUACAACAUUAUAUUCAUUUUCACAUGUGAUGCUAUGCUACAGACUUUAAUUACAGUUUUUAUUGUCAAAAUUAGGAAGAAUUAGCACGGCUAUUGGGAACACUCACUAGGAAAAAUUAUCAAGUUCAAAAGUCAUUGCAGUCCUUAGAGGGCAUGUGCACUGUUGCCAAGGUAAGUUAACCUUAUUAAUAAGUCGAUUGGAUUAUAUAGCGAAAAGAUACAGUAACAGUAAAAUCACUCACAAUGGACACCAAGUUGCUUAGGUAAAAUCGAAAACAAGGAGAAUUCUACCAAGGAGUGUCUUCUAGACAGUCCUCGGUUUUUCUUGAUAAGUAACAAAUUCUCAAAAUGAGCGAGUUUACGCAAACGUUAAUUUCGAUCAACACCCUAUUUUGUGUCCACGUCUGACCCUCAAAGUUGGCUGAUCACCGAAAAAUAACUCGUUUGUAAAUUAUACACCCUAUGAAGGGCAGACUUGUGCGAAAUCAUGCACCCUCUUUAGGACAGAGAGGUCAAAAACCUACCCUGUCCUGCGACACAUCCUCGUAGAACCCCAACCACUACUUGCGCUUCAUAGACUCCCUCUCCAGCCGUAGGUGUCUCGAUGCGCCCGCGGGUGCUUCCCACCCGAGGGGGGUAUCGCGGUUGCAUCGAUCGAGAUACAGUUGAAACUUUUUGAAUUUAUAGAAAUCUGGUUGUGAUGUCGAGGCUCAUGUUAAAAGGGAAUGUGAUUCGUUAAUCGCCAUCAUGGAGAAGAAGAAAGUUGAGCUUCUAAAGCGUGUAACUGAAGAGUACCAGGAUAAACUGGACGAGAUUAACAAAGCUAUGCACCAGUGUGAACAUGUACUACUGCAAGGUGAUGGUUUAGCUGAGUUUACGCAAGAAGCUCUUAAGGAAGACAAUCCUGCUACAUUCCUACAGGUACGAUAUAAGAAGCCGUGUAGUAGGAACACGAACAUGACUCGAGAAUGGGUUGGAAAUCGACCCUGUGAGUACAUAAGUCAGUACACGUCAGAAAUACGCUAAAAAAGAAAUUCCUCAUCAUCAUCAUCAGUAUUGCUAUUAUUAUUUUAAAAUAAAAUUUCAUGUAGUUGAUUUUUACAGAGCCUAUGUUUUAUCAUCGCGAAAAAACUAGACGAAAAUGCUGGAAUGUGAAUGAUAAACGUAGUUAUAUGUACCAAACAACUGAAUUGCGUUUUGCGCUUGCUCUGACUGGUGGCUAGCUCAGAUGGAAAAGCAUUUACUAUGUACAUCAUAGCAACCGUUAGCGCUGACGAAGAAGAAUAUUGAGUUUUCCUCAUUAAAAUGACCUGGACGGCUGAAAAAUGUUAGGAAAUCAGGAAGGUCAAACAAUCGACAAAGCGGGGGCAAAUAAAUGAAAACCAAAUUAUUCCACUCUAAAUCGUAAUAGGUUAAUAUUUGUCAUAUGUUAUUUUGUAGACUGCCAGUUCUCUGAAGACGAGGCUGAAUCUUAUGCUAGAAACAAUCCGAAGUCUCCCCAGUGCCUCUUCCAUCACGCCGACCUUUGAUCACAUGGCAGUGGACGCAUCAUGGGAAAGGAAAGUUCUGAAGAAGGUCACGUGGCUUCAAAUACCAGGUAAAAGAAGCAUAGUCUCUUAAACUGUAGGGGUCGAAGUAACUAAAGAAAAAUAAAGAGUAACGUGAAAAUACCGUGACGCGAAUAGCGUUUGAAUAGUUAGGGUAAUUGUUUUCUGCCGUUGAUGAGAAUGGUGGAUUUUGCGACCAAUGGACUCUGAACAACACAGGUUCUUGGCAGAUUUUUGAUAUGUGGAUAUUACGAGGAUUUGCGCAUUCAAAAUAACUCUUUCUCAUGCGCCUUCCGAUUCUUAAACAGAAUUUCAAAAGUCACUUAGUAAAUUCCUAAGAAAUUAAUUUAGAAAUAGUUACACGAAUUGAGGUAUUAUUACUUUUAAAAGUGGUGUUUAAUUCAUCAGGCAGGCCAAGUUUCGUAACAUCUCAGUGUAAAGCCACAAACCGGACAGUCCAGUUGUUUUGGAGCCAGCCGCCAAACGCAGUUGAUGCCUAUUACUUGGAGGCCGAUAUUUAUCCACCAACCCGAGGCCCUAACGAAAAGGAGCACCAUGAAACGGUGCAACUGUCUGUAGGGAAAGCUUGUAAAUAUAUUCUGGAGUGCCCUCAUUACAACUCUAAGGUUACAGCUAGGGUCCGUGCGUCAAACAGAGCAGGAGAUGGACCUUUCAGUCAAGAAAUUACCAUUUAUACAGACAAAGGUAUUCAAAGAAAUUAAGCAUACUAGAAACAUUUACGCUUCUCGGGGCUGCGCAUGCCCAAUUCGCCACUUGAGAAACUCGUGAUAAGGAAACUAGGCCGAGUUAACUUUUGCAAAGACUUCUGGGACUGUUCCGACUAGAAACAGGGGGGAAGGGUGGGGGAAAUGGCCAAUAGCUGAUCAGAGUGUCCCCAGUAACGAUCCCAGAAAGCAUUGCAGGACACAUUUCGGCUCCAGUUCCCUUUUCGUUUCUAAAAUGGCGAAUGGUUUGACGGUGAUUUGUAGCCAUCUGUGGUGUCUUUUUCAUUUGCACACCAUAAAAACGAGUUCAUCUCCAAAUAAAUAAGGAACUUUUUAUCGGGAGAGAAUAUAAUGACUUUUUGAGCACAAAAAGACGAACUAUACGUCUUUCUGUUCUUGAUUACACAAGACUCAUAACCUUUACCAAAAUUCCGCCUUCCAAAAUAUCCCCGAAUUGUGUAAUUACAUUCACAAUGACAGAAGUAUUGUUAAAAGUUUCUUUAGUGUGCCCUACUGGUGUGCAAAUUGGACCAAACGGUCUCCAAAAAGUAAGACUAAGGAGUUCAGAAUGAAGUUAUUUAUGGGCGAUUUGUUUCAAAUUGUUAAAUCGUUGGACCGCACUUAUAAUGAGUUCCUUAGUUGUAAAUUGUAAUUGAGCUCUUAAGAACUCGUUUGAAUGUGUCCGUGCGUUCCAAAUCGAAUUGGAAUUUGGAAAUGUUGGUUUUUGACAAGAGGAGAAAACCGGAGUACCCAAAGAAAAAACUUCUCGGAGGCAUCGUAUCGUAGCCGAGCGGUUGGAUCCCCGAGUUCAAGUCCCGCCCUGACCGCUAGCUGGAUUUGUUCACGGUAGUCCCUAGUUCAAAUCCUCGACCAUGCUUGUAAAUAGCCAGCUGCUUUGCCUCCGGCCAGUUGGGAUUCCUUACCCUGUUAUGUUUGAUUUGAAUUAUUUGUUUCAGACACUUGCUCGGCCCCACUAACAUAAGUGCAAUAAAUACUGCCGAGGGUAAAUAAAGGAAUUACUUACUUAUUUUAUUUAUUUCGGAGGAAAAGAGAGAACCAACAACAAACUCUACUCAAAUAUGCGGUCGAUAUCGGGCUUCGCACCCCUAGGCUCCCUCGGUGGGACGAGGCGAGUGUUCUCACCAUUGCGCCACCCUUGCCGCCGCAUCAACACUGUACCCUGUUUUAACACUUUCCUUCUCAACAGGAAUUAACUUCACGCUGGAUCCCUCUUCAAAAUUUAAACGGGAGCUUGUAUUUUCUCGUGAUCUCUCUGUGGCAAAAUUGACAAGCCCAGUAAUCGCGAAUGUUACGGGUGACGUGGUGCUUUCAAGCGGUUGCCAUUACUGGAAAAUCCGGAUUGACCAGUUCGCUGGAUCUGCUAAUAAUGGAUUCGUUGCUGUUGGUGUUGCUAAAGAGUUGCAAGAAGGGACGCCGAUAGGUAAGAUGACAUAUUGAGAUUUUGAGAUACGCCUAAUUGCAAUAACGUUGUCUUAGAAAAAUGAAAAAGAAAAAAGCCAAAUAGGACUAAAUUAGCCUAAUUAAGCCACAUUCUCAGGGUGGAUUCAUUUGCAGCCGUUGUAUUCCCCCCGCUGGAACUUUUUUAAUUCUUUUUUUGCGUUAAAACAAUAGCAAUUUCCAACAGGCAAGUACGACGUCCAUUUCUGAUGCUGCACAUGUGCUAUGGCAUUGUAGUUGUCCUGUGAUCAUAAACAAACUUAGACCCUGUUUACAAGGAGUGGGGGACCCCGGUCUAGUGGGGUAAGUUUCUUUUGUUUUGUGUCCUCCAGAGCGUGAAAACAAAAGAAACCAACCCCACUAGACAGGGGUCCCCCACUCCAUGUAAACAGGCCCUUAGACGCCUUUAAUAUAACUACAGUCGAACCUCCAAUAACAGCCACCUCUCUACAACAGCCAUUUUUUUUGUUGUUGGAAAGUCUAUACAUUGACCAGGUGGCCAUUGUAGACAGGUUCGACUGCAUACUUCGCUUUUAACUACCCUCAAAAGGAAGGAUUCCUUUUUUUUUUCAAACUGACCAAUUUACAGGAAUCCAAAAAGAUUGAUCGCACUUCUUCAAUCGCUCAAACUCGUUCGUUUCUAUUCAAGGAAAUGACGGAAAUUCCUUCGCCUUACAAAUUUUUGAGAACACCACUUUAUGGUGCGAAAACUCUCACAAUCACCUUCAGACCAAGCAGAAAGCAAAAGACAUCAAAGGCAGUAACAUAGCGAUUCUUCUCGACUUGGAACAACAAACAAUGAACAUUUACUGGAAUGGCAGACUGCAGACGGACGACAGCCGCCCUGGCGGACCCUCCUUCGUAGGAGUAGUUGGCCCAGUUAAGCCGGCGUUUAGCGUGUUUGGAAGCUCUGUCCAGUUCAGUAUACUGACUGGUUUGGAAAAACCAACUGUUUCCACUGGUAAGAUAUGUAGUUUGGUAUCACUCUGUCCUCUGUCAGUCCAUAAUCCGGAACGAGCGACUGUUAUACUAUUGCCUUUGUCACGGCGUUUUCACCGACCGGUUUAUUUUUAGAUAAAUUUUAGAGCGCUUUUUCCCGCGAAAAUGGAAGCUCAGCUCCGUAAUCUUAGCUCAUUCGAUAUAAGAUAUAGAAAAUGAAAACUAGUAAGUCUGUAGGUUUUGCUGGCUGCUUUUGUGAGACCUAAAGGAUAUUCUAUAUUCGCCUCAAAAUCGUUCUGAAAAUAAAAUUGUCGGUAAAAACGUCGUGACACGAGUACACGUAAUUUUCUCACUGCACAGGUUAUGGGCUCCUGAUCCUGCUUAAUAAAAACGGAUGCGUAAGGCCCAAUGGACUAAUCAGAACAAAAAUGUUUGGCAAACGAAUGAGUCUUAAUUGGUUUUCUUAUUAACAAAUGGCAGCGCAACUUAGUGGAUGAGAUAAAAAGCAAUGACCUUAAUGACAAUUCAGAUAAGAGACUGGGAACCAGGUGUACAUCGAUACUAAACUGAAAGUUGUUGGAAAGGUGUUGGUAGCCAUCCCCCCUCCCUCUCCUACGCAUCAUUAUACUUGGACAGUUUGGUGGCUAGAUCAGGAUCGAUGAGGCACUUUUUCCAUAUUUAUUUAUUUAUUUAUUUAUUUAUUUAUUUAUUAAAUGAAAGAAUACGCAAGACUUGCUUUGGCUACUAUCCAUCGACUCACUGUGAAAUAUCCCUUUUUUUCUAGGUCCUCCUAUUAUCCAUCUCGAGGAAUGCAGUGUCGAAAACACCAAAAUCAACCUAGUGUGGUCUCCCCCUGAAACUGGUAAUGUGGACUGCUACAUUGUAGAGAUCGACACCCUUAACCGGGAGGGGGACAUCCACCAAGAGCGAAUUUUUACCAAAGUAUACCAAGGACCGCGCACUAAGUACACACUUAGAGGACUGGACUACAAUGUUACGGUUGUUGCGCGGGUCAAGGCACUGAAUACCGCUGGAGAGAGUGAACCUAGUGACGAAGUAUCACUUUCGACUGAAAAAGGUGCGGAAAUCUAUUUCUAGAUACAGUAGAACCUCAAUAACUUGAAUUAUCCCCGCUAAAUCGAACUAAAUUUUCUUUCCUCUGAUCAAAAUUUCACUGAAAUUCACUCCGAUAAUUCGAAUUGCACGCUAACUCGAACUGUUUUUCGUUUCCCCUUUUAAGGAGGUCUUAUUCUGAUAAAGUAAAAAAAAAAUUCAGAAAAGUUAUAUUUUUACAAUGGUCCGAGCUCGCUACAAACUAAUAAAAGAAAUGCACUUUAUCUAGAUGUCAAUGUAUUUAGCACGAAAGUGCUGAUUGGGGACACUACUUUUACGUCUCCUAAUGGAGACGGGACCGCCAUCUUACGUGGUCAUCCGAGCCACGCGAAGGUCUCGCCGGUUGGAGUGCAAAGAGAGUACCUCCAUUUCUCUGUUAUUUUAAGACCCUCAGUAAUGGUCCGGCCCAGGGAAUCGAACCCGCGGCCUCCCGCUCGAGUCUUUUUUCCAGUGAAAUGAUAACGGUCAAAAGACAUGAUGUACUCGAUAUUUGCUUUGCUUUUUUAGGUGUUAUGUUCAAACUGGAUAAAGAAAACCUGCAUGAAUCUCUGGACCUCAUCAGCGGAAAUCUUACAGUGAAACAGUCAAGUAUGGUUCACGCUAACGUGUUUGGAACAGCAUUCCUUGCUGAUGGUCGCCAUUUUUGGACGGUGAAAAUCGACAGCUUUAAAGGCGAAAACUCUUUCAUGGCAGUAGGUUAGUUUUCAGAGACCGGGUUAGUUGCAUCCAUGAAUUUUAUUUUCUUAGUGUUUAACACUGAUUUUCGAACAUCAAGCAAAAUUGGCUGGUUUUAUACUUUUGCGUGGGUGAAAUCUUGCCUCUUAUAUAGGUAUAUUAAAAUCAAAAACUAAGAAAAGUUCAUGCAUAAGUGCAUUAGUUUGUGUACCAUAAAAUAAGGUUUAAUUUUACGAUUCAGUUUAAUAGCAUCGUAAGAAGAAAAUUGUUCCACAUGUUCUCAGUUCUUAUGCUUGCAGUUAAGCUUGCAUACUUGAAUGUUGCGCAUCACUGAAGUGUAUAGGCAUAAAAAUAAGCAACUAAGUAGGUAAAACCUCGUGUUCGUCACUGAUCUGUUUGUCCGCCAUCUUAGAUUCAGAUUUGGCACCAGAUUUAGCCGCGCUAAAGGGCACUAAAACUUUUUGUGAUCUUACCUUCGCUUUCACGUAUUUCACAUUGCUUUCGUUUAUCUAAGAAUUGUGAGUUCUUACAAAUGCAUCGUACGCGAAAACCUGUCCUGCCUCAAUGAUGCUAAACUAAACUACAUGUAUUACCAUAACCACCGCAAUUAUGGAGAGACCUCUCGCCGCAACCCCCAAUACACAUCAGUUAAGUAUAAGAAACUCAGUGUAAACACGGAACACAUUGAUCAGCAUUUCUAGUCGUGUUUCUAUAUUGCCGUGGUUCUGUUCAGUAACAGAUCAAAGAAGACGUCAAAAUGUGGUAAAACAUCAGUGACACACUCGCCUUCGGCUCGUGUGUCGCUCUUGCGCGCCCAAAUUCCCCCUUCUUCCUUUCCUUUUUAAUUAACGCCUGCCACCCAGGCUAGAACCUGCUGAGCCAUGCUUUCAUAAGACUGAUGAAAACAUACCUAAGAGGCUUAUCUUUAUUUGCAGGAGUAGCUAAGAAAACUACGCAAGAGUCAAUUCCAGGGAAUACAUCCAGCUCGUACGCUCUCCAAGUAUUUGAAGGCACUACAGCUCGCACCGAAAACUCCAAACACAAGAUCCAGAUCAAAAAGAAAGCCAAAGACCUGAAAGAUAGCAGCUUUGGGGUUUUCUUGGACUUGAACAACCGUUUUCUAAACGUUUAUCAUGACGGCGAACUUCAAACGGACAUAAGUCGCCCAAAAGGUCCUAGUUUCAAGGGACUGAGCGGAGAGUAUUGCGCUGCUUUGUGUCUUUAUGGCACCAAAGUGGAGUUGAGUAUGGUCACUGGAAUAGAAACACCUUUGCCACCUGGUAUACAUCAACUUUUCUUUUGUCUUUUUUGUUCUGAAAAUGGCACUGGAUACAUAAAAAACUCUUUCUAUGAAAAUCAUAUUUCAAAAUUAAUAGCUCCAUGAAAAGUGACAGCGUCAAGGUUAUCUAGUUUGUUUUGCUGAUAUUGUCAAUUGAACGUCCUUAUUCGUAAUGAAACUUUCUGUUAGCGACGAAAUUUCUGGCAAGUUUCAAAACCACAGCUUCAUGCCAAAAGAAUAUGUCUCGCAAGGGCUAUAUCAAACGUUACGGACAACAAAAAUGAACUAGUUGGAAAAAAUAUUAGGCUAAGCACAAUCAAAAACCACAAUUGCAACCGUUUUAAUCUUCUUCAAGUUUGUCCAUCCGCGCCUUCUUUUGUAAUUGUUGUGUUCAGUUCUUAUAUUGUUAUUUUUAUGUUUCACUCAAUUUGGUAGCAGUUCAGUCCCAGACUUAAUAUCGAUUAAUAUGGUGGCAUAGCUCCUUUAAAGUUUACUCUUGAAUUUUAUAUUAUUAUGAACUCUUUCUUAAUCGGCUUGGGUGUGACAGUCUACAAAAGAACCCUUAAAAUGAUCGACUUUUCUGUAGACUAUUUAACAAUUAUUCCUCGAUCUGAGUCAAUAGCCCAUGAGGCUGAAGGCCGAAUAUGCUACUGACUCAGAGGUCAUGAGGGCGAAAGGAAUAAUUGUUGAACUAAAAUCCAACUAGUUGGUCAACAAUAUCAAAACAAAACAACUUUUUAAAGCUAGACUUUAAUCCUUUUUUGCCGCCAAGAAGCCGGGCUCUUUGAUAAUAGACCGCACUAGUUGGAUUUUACUAACACAUAUAGGAUAGCUGUACCCAUGAGCCACUGUGUGCGGAAAGUCUACUGUUGAGUAUAAUGAUGUACAGGAUAAUAAAUUCUAACAUAUCUCAUCAACUUAUAUCAUUUUACAGUACAUUGAAUGAUAUCUGUAAUAUCAGCUCAAUUGUAGCUUUGUCUAGCACCACGCACACAUAAAUCAGAGGUCAAUAAUCCCAUCUAUACAUUUUCUCUGCCUCCCGGUUUGUCUUGUAGAUCCGCCAUCAUUUAACAAGGGCAGAUGUAAAGUGAACAACACUACAGUUCUACUAGGUUGGCUACCUCCAGAAACCAAGUGCUGCGUAGAUUAUUACGUACUCGAGGUGGACAUGGUCAAAGCAUCCGAAUUCGCUUGGCACAAGAAAAAAAAUCGCAAAUUUAAACGACUCUACGAGGGUUCCGCGCGAGAAUAUGCGUUGUAUAGCGUGCCAUAUAGCGUGAAGAUCAUUUCACGCGUGUUUGGAGUCAACCCAGCCGGUGAUGGAACUCCUAGCGACGAAUUUGUGAUGUCUACGCCAAAGGGUAGGUAAUUUGUACGUGGUGAGGUCAUCUAAUGGUUAAUAAGGAAUGAAUGACGAGGAAUAAGCUGCUUGUAUAAGGAGGACCUACCAAUAAGUCUAAAACGCAAGUUGUUAUAAUGAAAGUCAUACAUCUUUGCUUGAGACAAAUCGCGGAUGAUACUUUAAUCUUGCACAGACUUGAGAUGCUUGGUCUUGUCAUAGUUAAUAGAGUGGAAUGAUUAGGUAGCCCGGUAGAUUCCUUUGAUAUGUGUUCAAAUGUCUUCUCUGUGCACAACAUUCGAUAGAUCAUUCGAUCAUUUUGAUGUAAUUGACCAUUUAUUAAUUCCUUAACAAUUCGUGAACAAAAAAACCCAAUGGAUUGUGCACCGUCAGGGUAGCUCCUAAGAUGAACAUAAACUGCAGCACUGUUGUUAUUAUCUUUGAUGUUUGCCACCUUACAAAACCAGCCUCCACUGCAAACUCUGGUCUUGUCUCUUGUCUUAACUGUAACCGCUUUAUAACACAACUGUGUGCACCAGAUUUUGAAUGGGGAUAGGGCCCCAGUAGUGAGGUUAAAUUCUCGUUGAAUCCCAGUAGAAAAGAAGACAGAGAUAACGGUCAGCUCUCUCUAGGACACGGAACACCCUUGAGACCGGCACUAAGUGACCGUCUCAAAAAGAUGUCCGUCCUAUAGAGGGUCAAAUAAAGGGAUAAGGAAAGGUAGGGACCAACUCUAGGUGUCCGUUUUAGCGAGGUGUCUGUCUUAUAGAGGUCUCCGUUAAGAGAGAGUCGACUUUUGUGAUAAAGUUAAAUUGUUUUCCAGGGCUUUAUUUUCAACUGAAUCCUUCAUCAGCAAACCAUGAUUUGGAUCUGGCCAAUGAAAACUGCACAGUGAGUCUAAAGAGUCCCGUGUACACCUACAUUUUGGGAAACGUCAAGUUAGACUCCGCCUGCCAUUAUUGGAGAAUUCACGUGGAUGAAUUUAACGCUCAUAACAAGCUCUCUAUCAUCGGUAGGCAGACUUUAAACUUUAAUGUCACCGGGAAACGGAAACCCUAACCUGGGAAUGCUUGUUUAUCCUUUCCCGAUCUUCCUACUAUACUCAGGCCGGGGCUAAUGAUAGUAGCUGUAGUUGACUGCGCAUGACAAAACAUUGGCCUUUUUAAUGCUUGAGACGGGCAUGAAGUGGCAGAUGCAUUUAACGUCUGAGACGUUCAAGUCGUCUAGUGGUUUAAAAACGGGACCCGUAAAAGUAGACGACAACAUUGAAACAAAAAAACAGAGUUUUCUGGAAAAACAGCCUUGCUGGCCGUUUUUUCACGAGGGCACAAAUGCAUUCCAAUUUUCAGUGUCCCGUUUUCAUACAAGGCGCAUUGAACGACUGAGACGUUAUAGCCAUCAAACCGCGUUAAAUGCGUCUUAUCUACCGUUUUCCUACUAGUUAAAGUCGUCUUACCAGCAUGAAAACAGCGAUUGCAAUUAGGAGUUCUACGAUUAAAGUUUUUAACAUCAUAACUUAAGGGCCUGAAUUCAAACGGCGAGAAUUGUUGUCCUCAAAAUUAUUAUUUUUAUUGGAUGGUACCGUUAGGCUCCAUGCUUACUAAGAGUCUGGAGUCAUAGAAUCAAAGACCUAACCCAGCACAACACUCUGUAAUAUCAGUUUGCUUUUUUUUUUUGCUCCCGCUCUAACAACUCGACUGGAAACACUUGCUACGCAGGCUAAGUUUGCUUUGACCUUUGCCUUUGAUCCUUGCUCGCCAGGAUUCCUUGAGCGAAUAAUUAUGGUUGCCCCCUCUUUCAAUACAAACACAACCACACGUCUCCUCCAGCAAAUGUAACCUGUGCUGUUUGCCUCUCUCUCUGCACAGGUGUUGGUAUUGCUCGUCAAGCUCUCGAGGAUCCAAUACUAGGAGAAGAUUCUGAUUCUUACGCCGUGCAGAUCAACGAACAUCCAAAUGCAUCAUGCUCCAACACUAAGAACCGGCUUCAAAUCAAGAGGUCAUCCAAACAACUUACUCACGCAAAUAUAGGCGUGCUACUGAACUUGGAUGAGCACUUUCUAAAUUUGUACCUCAAUGGUAAGAUUCAGUUUAUCUGGGUUGUGGCGGCUGAGGUAGGGUGGGGGGGGAGGGGUAAGGUAGGAGGGGGAGUCAGUAGUAGGGUGAUGUAUUUGAUUUGGUGCCUCUGCACCCGGAAUUUUCUGGAGCAGGAGCCUAUGAAAAUGGAUUUUUCAAAGUUUCCUACUCUCAAGUUGAUAUACUACCAUACACUCGCUUGAGGGUUUUUUUAAAAGCCCUUUUUUUCAAAUUACUUACGACAUUUCUCUUUCCUCUAUUGGUCUUGGACCGCAAUUGUACGCCUUGCAUUGGCUCCUUUAAUUUUUCUGUUUACUCGCAUCGUCCCGAAAUUACCAAGUUUAAAUACGUGCCGGCCAUAUAAAGGAGUCAAUGAAAGACACGGAUGCCAGCUUGUCUUUUUUUCAUCCAGGGAUGUUACCUAGUAAGGUUUUGUUCCCAUUCUUCAUUUUCCUGUUCCCUGCGUUCUCGUUGCACGCUCCCCGUUUUAGUUAUAUCCCAUCAUCUAGAGAGAAUAGCUCAUUUUGUCUUGCAUCAUCUUAUCUUUACAUCCUGUAUUCUCCUUUUUCAUCAGGGAAACUCUUGACUGAUCCUUCCAGACCAAACGGACCAACAUUUGUGGGUAUAAUAGGAGAGUUCUAUCCCGCUCUAAGUCUGUACGGGACUAACGUCAAACUCACGGUUCACACUGGAGAGUCCUACGAUGCUUGAACAGGAUUAUUCUAAAUCGAAAUCAUUGCACAUAAGGUUUACGGG